AUGUCUACAGCCACAGUCUCAUCCUCGGUGGUGAAUACCGUCAACACCAUCAUUGGGUCGGGCAUCCUGCUACUCCCAUAUGCUUUCAGGACCGACUCAGUUCUGUUCGGUAUUUUGAUUCUUGUUUUCGCCGCGGCAACGAAUGUUUUUGGACUCUUUUUGCAAGCGAUCUCCUCUAAAUUCCUUCGAGAAGGUAAUGCAAACUUCUUUACUGUUUGUUCAAUAACUUACCCAAGCCUUAGUGUUGUUUUUGACUUGGCAAUUGCAUUACAAUGCUUCGGUGUGGACAUAUCUUACAUUGUUUUGACUGGUGAUUUGAUGCCACUUAUUAUUCCCAUAUCUGGUUUCACAGACUCUCAGAUGCGACUCUUCUACAUCCUCAUCUCAGCUGUCAUUACAGUUCCAUUGUGCUUUUUAAGGCGGCUUGACAGCUUGAAAUACGCUUCAGUUGUCUCCCUCUUGGCUAUCGCUUAUCUGGUCAUUUUGGUUUAUGUCAAUUUCGCUUACGGGCUGGCCACCGGGUUCCAGCAUAUUCCUUUGCAGAAACAGGGGCCCAUCUCUUGGUGGACUCCUGAAGGUUUCAAGCCGGUCUUCAAAACCUUCGCUAUCAUUGUUCUUGCCUUCACAUGCCCUACUCAAUUUUCGAUCAUCUCCGAAUUACAUGACCCUAGGUUAAGCCGUAUAUUCAAAAUCAUCACAAUUUCUCUAACCAUUACCACAAUUCUGUUUGCAACAGUUGGUCUCUCGGGCUAUUUCACCUUUGGAAAUGCCCUCGAAGGAAACAUCAUUUUAAUGUACAACGACACAUGGCCUACCAAAUUGGGUAUGGGAUUGCUCUCGCUGAUGGUGCUUCUCUCCUUCCCAUUGAUGUUUCACCCCGCUCGAGUGUCAAUCAAUAACGUAUAUCAUUGGAUAGAGAGCCAAUUCAAGAGCUCGCGCGAAGCACAACCGUUGCUAUCCAGUGAAGCUAAAGCAAUUCCUAUGUCCGGCUCGAGAUUUGUGAAAGUCAGCGUAGCCAUGUUAAUUGUCGCCUAUAUCGCUGCUAUCAAGCUUGAGUCUUUCGAGCUGGUCUUGUCGUUAGUGGGUUCCACCGGAGGGGUUCUGAUAUCAUUUGUGCUACCUGGAUUUUAUGGAUACAAACUGAUUAAUAAUCCAGAAAUGUUGGAUGCCUUAGUGACACAUUCACCAUUGGAUAGUGAUCACUGGGUGUUCCGAAAUGAAGCACUCCGAAAGCUCUCACUGCUUCUGAUCAUUUGGGGAAUUGCAGUAAUGUUCAUUUGCCUAUAUUCAACGCUGUUUCAAUAA